AUGGAUAACAAAAAAAACAAUGACUGUCCAGAUUAAAAAAGCUUCGAAAAAUUAUAACAAUAGAUUUCAAAUAGACACUUAGAUCUCAAGGCAACACAGCAAAUACAAUAAGGUUUUAUUAUUGAACAUUCAAAUUUAAUAAUUUUAGUCAUUUCUGAAUUGACACAAGAUGAUUAAAAUCUGAUUGAUUAAAUUUCAUCCCAAUUUGGGAACAUUAAAAACUGCUCUAAGUAGAAGAAACUCAUAGUAGUUCAUAAUUUGAAAGAUCAUCAUAGACCAAAUUAUGUUAAAAGUUAUAUUCAAGAAUUGAAAAAAGUUUUUCCUCUUAUAGAAUAAUAAAUAAAUAGUUUUGAUUAGGCAGAUAAAGAUAAAGAUGAUAGUAACAUUGUAUAUGUUGAUGAAACAAAAUCUUAUAUUAACCAUAUAAUUAUGGUUAAUUCAGACAGAGAAAUAAGAGAAAAAAACAACAAAUUUGUAAUCUAAUAUUUACAUUAGUAGAUUUAAAAUUACUAAGACUAUAUUAAUUUUAAUGUCCCAAUAAAGCUACGUGAAUAUCUUAAUAGAAAUCUUUAGAGAUAUGUAACUUUAAAAAAGGAAUCAGAUGAUGCAAAGUCCAAUCCAUAAAUAAAAGACUUCUUAGAGUACAAUAGUGAAAAGCAAGCUAUAAUGCUAAAUCAAGGCUAUAUAAUUGAUAGAGUCAAAGAACUUAAAGCUAAUGUGCUUGUAUCUCUUUAAGAAGAUUGCUCAUAUUCAAUAGUUGAUAAUGAUGAGAAAAAAGAACGCUAUUUGUUGGUAGAAAUACCUGGUACAGCAACACUCUAGAAAGAAUUUUUAAAAAAAUAAGGGCAGUUUAUAAUAACAAUUUAACAAAGUAGUGAUAUAGAGAAUUAACUUGGUAAAAUUGAAGAAUCAACUAGGAAAUUAGAUACGAAAUAGUAUACAAUUUAAAUUUGCAAUUAAAACGAGCUGUGGGAUUAUCAAAAUGACAAAUAAGAAAAUUUAAAUAAUGGAAUUUAUAAAUUUGUGUUUACUGAAGAUAAAUAUUAUAUUAAAUAAUGA